AUGAUAGAUUUGAUGAACGUACUGAAAUUGGAAAUGGAAGAAGUGAAAACGUCGAACAAAAAUUUUGUGAAUUGUACAAACAAACGAUUUGAUGCCAGAAAGAAAAUUCUUUUUGUUAGAGAGUUUGAAAAUCUUUUGAUAAGAAAAGAAGUUAAAUAUACUAUUAUGUCGAAAUAUAGUCGACCAGAGUGUUUCAAAUUAUCAGCCGCUGAUCAUGCAGUUGAAAAUGAAAUGCUGUCACGAAUUGAUAAGGAACUGAGAAAGCGUUAUGAAACACUUCCAGUUCUGAGUGAUGUGUUGUGAAUGGAAUAUCCUCGGAAGUUCGUCAUUACACGUAUCAACGUUGGAUUUCAUUUUGUAACUAAUUCUUAUAUAUUUUGAUAACAUUUUAGAAUGUUAUUUGAUAAAAUGAGGAAUAGAUAAUCAUUUUGAAAA